AUGCUUCAGGGCUUGUACAACGGAAAUGGUCUCAUCCCGCCAAUUCCUGGUAGUGUUUGGGGGCAAGCGGUGUUCAUCUGGCGCACAAUGGUCAUUAUUGUUACGCAAAGCACCACUAACACCAUACUACCCCAGGCAUGGACGCUUUCGGCUGAAUACCAAGGCUCUCUGCUCGUCUUUCUGUGCUGCAUGGCCUUCGCCCGAACGUCGUCUCGAGUACGCCUGCCGCUGCUUACCACGUUACUUGCAUUCCUAUUCAAUCUGGGAUUUUGGCAACAUACCUUAUUCCUUGCAGGAAUGCUGCUUGCUGACUUUCGACAUGUGCGACAGAAAUUUCCGGAAUUAACGGGACCGGCGCGUUGGGCCACUGUUUUCAUCUGCUGGGUGCUGUUUUUUCUUUCGCUGUUCUUGGGCGGCUGGCCCAUGCUAGGCGAUGGUUACUCCGCUGCGGGAUACUCAUGGUUUAAGUGGGUGCCGACUGGCGGGUAUGAUCCAACACGUUUCUUCGCGACAAUAUCAGCCAUUGGACUGGUAGCCUCACUCGAAGGAUUGUCUAUUCCGCGACGCGCUCUGAAUGCCCGAUGGAUCUUGUACUUGGGGGAGAUCAGUUAUGGUCUGUACUUGGUCCACUGGACUGUGAGCAGCAGCUUCAUGGCUUGGGGUGUGAAAUUGAGCUUGCUCGCCGCUGGGCACAGCCAUGGGCUGUCAUGGGGUAUCGGCUUCGGCCUUGCCAUGACAUUCUGCAUCUGGCUUGGUGACGUGCAAUGGAGGCUCGUCGAUAGGAACUCUGUGAAAUUCGCGCGGUGGUUGAGUGAAAAGUGUGGGAUUUGA